AAGGAGCGGCGAAACGGAGCGCAAGUUUCUCCUGUGACACGAACACGCACAGGCACUGAAGCGGCGCACGCAAUCGGACGCGAGCGCGCGGUUUUAGCCGAACGCAGCCUUGGACAUAAGUGCAGAGACCACACGCGCGCGCGCGCGCGCAUACACACAAAGUCUGAAGCGAUAUGCGCUACAUCUGAGAGUUCUGCUGAAAUUGAUCUUAUUUCGAUGUGAUUCUGGUGUGUUGACGACGGAGUGUUAAGAUGAUAAAUUUUUCCUCUGUCGAAGGGGGAUAACAUAAACUCUUUGCUCCCACCAUUAACCUCCGUCGUUUCCGCGUUGUGCCUCAGCGGCUCACGCCGCAUCGAUAGGAUACCGAACCCGAAUUACACAGGAAAACACCGGUGCCGGCGCUCUGUUCGGGCCAAACUACUUGCGUUUUGGUGAAACACUUGAGCUCUGUCCGCCCGAAGAUAUUUUCCCGCUGCGGACGGAUCCAUCGCUGCGCAGCGAGGAGAGCGGUCGAGCCCGCGCGACAGUUCAGUACUCAGUGGUUCAGCCUCGCUCGCGGGCUCGCGCUGUCCCCUUCAGCACCGGCGGUCGAGGCGCGCGCAGCUUCGCGCGAACCAAGGGAGCGCGAGGAACGCGCUCCGUCAGCACCGACGCCCGACGGAGCUCGCGCAGACUGAGUGGAUGGAGGGCGCGAGGAGGCGCGUCUGACCCCCCGGAGAGCAGGCUGCUCCUCCAUGUGAGGUCCAAGAGUGAUUCUCCACAGCUGAACCCCAAGGCACCGACACUCUUUGCCUGUCCGGUUGGCCCCAGCCCUUUGUUGCUCCGUCCUUUUCUUCUGAAAUGCAAGGCACGUGUGGCUGGGAUGUUACAAAAUUCGUGCUGACCGGCGCAGGGGCUCAGGGCACGUGACUGGGCACCGAUUUAUAAAAGGGGCCUGAUGGUCCACAUCGCGUCCUGCGCACACUGCCGGACCAUCGUCUUCUGCUCUUCUUGCUCUCCCUUUCGAAGAUCUGUCUCCGAGAACGUGCGCGCAGCCUGCCCCCCGUCACCAUGACGAGGGAUUCCAAGCGCAGGUCCGUGUCCUGCCAUUGGUUCUUUCUACUGACGGCCAACUGCUGCUGGCUGUUGGCCUCCACGCAAAAGACGGAGGCCCAGGAACAUGCACAUUCCAUCCGGCUAGAUGGCGAUAUCAUCCUGGGCGGCCUGUUCCCUGUGCAUGCCCGCGGUGACCGAGGUGUACCCUGUGGAGAUUUGAAGAAGGAGAAGGGCAUCCACCGCCUGGAGGCUAUGCUCUUCGCCAUUGACCAGAUUAACAAGGACCCUGAGCUGCUGCCCAAUAUCACUCUGGGGGCGCGCAUCCUGGACACCUGCUCACGUGACACCUAUGCCCUGGAGCAGUCUCUUACCUUUGUGCAGGCCCUCAUUGAGAAGGACUCCUCCGAUGUGCGCUGUGCCAAUGGUGACCCGCCAAUCUUUACCAAACCCGACAAGAUCGUGGGGGUGAUCGGAGCUGCUGCCAGCUCCGUUUCUAUUAUGGUGGCCAACAUCCUCCGACUCUUCAAGAUACCUCAGAUCAGCUACGCCUCCACGGCACCUGAGCUGAGCGACAACACCCGCUACGACUUCUUCUCCCGCGUGGUGCCGCCUGACUCCUACCAGGCGCAGGCCAUGCUCGACAUUGUUCUCGCCAUGGGCUGGAACUACGUCUCCACCCUGGCGUCAGAGGGCAACUAUGGCGAGAGUGGAGUGGAGGCCUUUGUCCAGAUCUCCCGGGAGGCAGGUGGGGUAUGCAUCGCACAGUCUUUGAAAAUCCCCAGGGAGCCGAAGGCAGGAGAAUUUGACAAGAUAAUCCUGCGACUGCUGGAGACCUCCAACGCCCGGGCCGUGAUCAUGUUUGCAAAUGAGGACGACAUAAGGCGGAUCCUGGAUGCUGCGAAACGGAACAACCAGACGGGCCACUUCCUGUGGGUGGGCUCGGACAGCUGGGGCUCGAAGAUCGCUCCGGUGAUUCACCAGGAGAGGGUGGCAGAAGGUGCUGUCACCAUUCUGCCCAAGAGAGCUUCAGUGGACGCCUUCGACAGAUACUUCCGGAGUCGGUCCCUCUCCAACAACAGGAGGAACGUGUGGUUUGCGGAGUUCUGGGAGGAGAACUUUGGCUGCAAACUGGGAUCCCACGGCAAGCGCCCGGGAAGCCUUAAGAAAUGUACAGGGUUGGAGAAGGUGGGGAGAGACUCCAUCUACGAGCAGGAGGGGAAGGUGCAGUUUGUGAUCGACGCUGUGUACGCCAUGGCCCACGCCUUGCACCGCAUGCACCGGGACCUGUGCUCCGGCUACCCAGGGCUGUGCUACCGCAUGGCCAACAUCGACGGCAAGGAGCUUCUCGCCUACAUUCGCACCGUGAGGUUCAAUGGAAGUGCUGGGACCCCCGUUGUGUUCAACGAGAACGGGGAUGCUCCGGGGCGAUACGACAUCUUCCAGUACCAGAUCACGAACAAAUCAACGGCAGAGUACAAAGUCAUCGGCCAGUGGACCAACGAGCUGCACUUAAACAUGGACGCGAUGCGGUGGGCGCGGGGCAACCCCGCCGUGCCUGCUUCCGUGUGCAGCCUGCCUUGCAAGGCAGGUGAGCGGAAGAAGAUCGUCAAGGGUGUGCCGUGCUGCUGGCACUGCGAGCGCUGCGAGGGAUACCACUACCAGGCCACUGAGUUCAGCUGCGAGCUCUGCCCCUACGAGCAACGGCCUGACCGCAACCGCACCGGCUGCCAGCCCAUCCCCAUCAUCAAGCUGGAGUGGCACUCGCCUUGGGCCGUCGUGCCUGUCUUUGUCUCCAUGCUGGGCAUCGUCGCCACCACCUUUGUCAUUGUCACCUUUGUGCGCUACAAUGACACACCCAUUGUGCGCGCCUCUGGUCGGGAGGUGAGCUACGUGCUGCUCACGGGCAUCUUCCUGUGCUACGCCAUCACUUUCCUGAUGAUCGCCACCCCGGACGUGGCCGUGUGCUCCUUCCGCCGCAUCUUCCUGGGGCUGGGAAUGUGCUUCAGCUACGCUGCCCUGCUGACCAAGACCAAUCGCAUCCACCGCAUCUUUGAGCAGGGCAAGCGGUCGGUGACGGCGCCCCGUUUCAUCAGUCCUGCUUCGCAGCUGGUCAUCACCUUUAGUCUCAUCUCUGUGCAGCUGCUGGGGGUCUUUGUGUGGUUUGCCGUUGACCCGCCGCACACCGUCGUUGACUUCGGGGAACAACGCACUCAAGACCCUGACAAUGCCCGCGGGGUCCUCAAGUGCGACAUCUCAGACCUGUCGCUCAUCUGCUCCCUCGGAUACAGUAUUCUGUUGAUGGUCACAUGCACUGUUUAUGCCAUUAAAACAAGGGGCGUACCGGAGACAUUCAAUGAGGCCAAACCCAUUGGAUUUACCAUGUACACUACCUGCAUCAUCUGGUUGGCAUUUAUACCAAUAUUCUUCGGGACUGCACAGUCAGCAGAGAGGAUGUACAUCCAGACCACAACUCUCACCAUCUCGCUGAGCCUGAGCGCCUCCGUGUCCCUGGGGAUGCUUUACAUGCCCAAGGUUUACAUUAUCAUCUUCCACCCAGAGCAGAACGUACCCAAGCGUAAGCGCAGCUUCAAGGCCAUCGUCACUGCCGCCACAAUGUCCAGCAAGCUGACGCAGAAGGCUACUGACAGACCCAAUGGAGAGGUCAAGACUGAACUCUGUGAGAGCAUGGAGACCAACAGUGAGUAUGCAUCAUCGACAAAAACAACUUACGUCAGCUAUAGCAACCAUGCCAACUGAAGGGAGCUGCCGGAGGGAAGACGCCCAAGGUGCACCAGACCAGGCCCCGAUGUGAGUCACCGAUGAUGGGAAUCACCUGCCGGCACCCAAGCAUGAGCUGUUUUCGCUGUUCGGCUUCAAACUGACCACUGAGUGAGGGAGGGACAGGGACUCGGCUGAGCGAGUGCUUUUCUGCAUUCAGACCUAAUGGCUCCGGUUCAAACAAAACAAAACAGAGAGAAAAUAAAACCGCAGGCUGAAACAAAAAAAUAAAGUCAGCGCUGAGCUGAAACAAGCAGCCAAAAAAAGAAUUUGUAAGCUUAAAUGAAAAAAGCGAUGGCAGGAAAGAACCGUUUCAAAAAUGUUUUAAAAAAGUUGCGUCAGCCAUGUUUGUUGUUAUUCUACUCGUAUUUUUGUGGUUGUGAAGAUUUUUCAUUCUUGUCUCACUUUGUCAAACAUGCAUAAUGAGAUGAGUUUGUCUGUUGUAUUGGCUAACUGGAUCGUAGCCCCGGGUUGUGAAUCUGUAAAUGCGAUGGUUGAAGCAUGCCAAUUUUUA